AUGGCUCACUCUCAUUCUCACGAUGCUGGUGUUGAUCACUCACACGAUGACCCUUUCAACGGUCACGGCCACUCGCAUGAGAUCCUCGAUGGCCCCGGUUCCUACAUUAACCGCGAGAUGCCGCUGAUUGAGGGUCGAGACUGGAAGGACCGCGCCUUCACCAUUGGCAUUGGAGGCCCCGUCGGUUCCGGAAAAACAGCCCUCAUGCUCGCCCUCUGCCACGCCCUCCGAGACCAAUACAACAUCGCAGCCGUAACAAACGACAUUUUCACCCGUGAAGACGCCGAGUUCCUAACCCGCCACAAAGCCCUCGCUCCCUCCCGAAUCCGCGCAAUCGAAACAGGCGGCUGCCCUCACGCCGCAGUCCGCGAAGACAUCUCCGCAAACCUCCUAGCUCUCCAAACGCUCCAGAAGCAAUUCAGCACUGAUCUGUUGCUCAUCGAGUCAGGUGGCGACAACCUCGCUGCGAACUACAGUCGCGAGCUAGCAGACUUCAUUAUCUAUGUUAUUGAUGUUGCUGGUGGAGAUAAGGUGCCUAGGAAGGGCGGACCGGGUAUCACGGGGUCUGAUCUGUUGGUUGUGAACAAGAUUGAUCUUGCGGAGGCUGUGGGUGCGGAUUUGAAGGUUAUGGAGAGAGAUGCGGCGAAGAUGAGAGAGGAGGGGCCUACUGUUUUUGCGGUUGUGAAGGAUGGGAAGGGAAUGGAUCAUAUUGUUAAUUUGAUUAUUAGUGCUUGGAAGGGGAGUGGUGCUUAUGAUCUUAGUUUGAAGAGGUGGAAGGAGGGUGCUCCUCGUGGUUCUGGGAGUGUGGAUGCGUAG